UUUCCUGUAGAAGAAAGAAAAAAGGAAAUAAAAUUCUUGUGUAUAAUCUGCUGCUUGGAUACUUGCCCUGAUGUGCAGGUACUAAGUGCUAUAGAGGGUAUGUGUUCUUUUGGUUCAAACUGAAUUAUGAUGCGUUUCAGUUCAUUCAGUUUAAACUGAUUUUGCAUUUCAGUCAAUUGCAUUUAGUUUUUAUGAUUAAAUAAUUCGAUUUAAUUCUUUUUUUUAUAAGAAUUUAUUUUACUUUUCCACCUUUAAAAGAUAAAAUUUAAAUAUAGUCAAAUAAAAAUUUGUUUUUGAUUUUUUUGCAAACAUUAUAUAUACAUAUAAAAGUAGGGAGGGGAAAGGCCUAUGCUAUUCUUUUACGAUACGAUCAUUGUAUCUGCUAGGGUUUUAUUAUGAUUAUAAAUCAUGGUGAACCCAUGUAGAUGUUAUUAUAAUCGAUGGUCAGAGUGUAUAUAUUGUACAUUUAACGGUUGUGCUAAAUAAAUUCUGGAGUGUACAGUGGAGCUAAAUAUUGGAACAGAAUGAGGAGCGAAAGCUUCACUUGAUUGCUUGGAACAAAAUGACAGUGUACGGUGGGAUGUGUUUUCAUAAUCUAUAAUGUUUUUUAAUCUAGCUAUGGUGGCUGAGCAGUAUUGGAGACUAUUGACCGUCUCUGAGUCUUUAGCAUCACGUGCUUUCAGAGCAUGAUAUUAUCCUUGUGGAAGUCUCUUUGAUGCACAGGUGGGUUUCAACCCUAGCUAUGCAUGAAGGUCUACUUUGCUUGGAAAAAAGCUGGUACAUCAAUGUUGCAUGUGGCACAUUGUUAUUUGUUACCAGUUCCGUUGUAGUUACCCAGUCAUCCAGGAGGUCAAAUAGGGUCUUCUCUCCCUCCUUUUUUCAUCGAAUGCCAUGGUUUCUGACCUUAUUGAGAUUGAGACUGUUCAAUGGAAUGCCUCCUUGUCUAUUCUUACUUCUGGCUUAUGGAAGCCUGAAUCAUUCUCUCUAUUCUGAUGAGUUCUCAAAGAUCUCUGGAUUGCUAUAUUUGGCACGGGAUGGAGACAGAAAUUUUUAAAGUUAAGAGAGUGUGUCACCUUGCUUGUUCUCGGAACUUCUUCAUUAUCUGGAUCUGGUUCAGAUUGUUCCGCUAUCAACUGGUCUGCGGUAUGGAAGCUUCAGCUCCCACCAAAAGUGCUAUACUUUCUCUGACGUGCAAUGGAAGGUUGGUUUCUGAACCUUCCUGAUCACUAUUAUGCUCCUUAUAUGGAAAUGGCAGUUAUGCUACUUUGGGGAAUUUGGUUUGCUUGAAACCCAUGGAAAUUCAAGGCCAAGGAACUCUCUGUACGACAUAUUCUAUCCAUGUCUUGUGAUGUGUUAUGGCUUUUCCAGGAGAGCAUCCCUCCCCACUCCCAGCCUGCAACUUACUCACCAAAUGUUCCUUGGUUGCCCCUUCCAGGUAUGGAUACCAAGAUCAAUGUAGAUGCUGCUUGCUUUGUGGAUAUUCUUGUGGAUUGCGCUUUGUAGCAUGAAAUCAUAAGGGUGAGGUAAUGAUGGCUGUUCCAAUUAGCAGAAUUCUCUCUUCUCAGUUCUCCUAGGAGAGGAACAGGCUGUUCUUUUUGAACUUCACGCAGCGAAAGAUGAUGGUUUCCAGUAUGUGAUUGUGGAAGGUGAUUUCAAAAUUCAUAUGGAAGCUUUGGGUCAAGCAACUACUCAAGGCCCUUACCAUGAGCUGGUGGUUAAGGAAUAAGGAUACUAUUUCCUUCUCAUCUUUCUUCCCAUGCUUAUGCUUUCAAUUUGUUCCUCGUUCAGCUAAUAAGACGAACUCAGAUUUAAUUGAAGGUUGCUGGCAAUUAAUGUUUACAACUAGACCAGGGACAGCAUCUCCCAUUCAGAGAACAUUUGUGGGUGUUGACUUCUUUAGUGUAUUUCAAGACGUAUACCUUCGGACAAAUGAUCCACGUGUAUCUAACAUUGUAAGGUUCUCAGAUGCAAUAGGUGAGCUAAAGGUAGAGGCAGCAGCAGCCAUUGAAAAUGGAAAACGAAUCAUUUUCCAAUUUGACAGAGCGGCAUUUUCAUUCAACUUUUUACCAUUUAAAGUUCCGUAUCCAGUUCCAUUCAGGAUUCUUGGUGAUGAAGCAAAGGGUUGGUUGGACACUACAUACUUGUCCCCAUCUGGAAACCUUCGCAUAUCAAGGGGAAAUAAGGGCACCACAUUUGUGCUGCAAAAGAAAACUGAACCUAGGCAAAGAUUGCUUGCAGCCAUUUCUACAGGAUCACAAGUUAGAGAGACAAUAGAUGAGUUCAUAUCAUUAAAUAAGAACAUUGCUAAAGACGAAAUAGAACUCCUCGAGGGAGAAUGGCAAAUGAUAUGGAGUUCACAGUUAGCAUUUUUUAUAUUGCAGACGGAGACAGACAGUUGGUUAGAAAAUGCUGCCAAUGGUCUUAUGGGCAAGCAGAUUGUCAAAAAGAAUGGGCAACUGAAGUUUGUGGUUGACAUCUUGCUUGGGCUUAGAUUCUCCAUGACUGGAACAUAUGAGAAAUCUGGAACCAACAAAUACGAUGUUAUAAUGGACGAUGCAGCGAUCAUUGCAGGUCCAUAUGGAUAUCCAUUAGAGAUGGAAACCAAGAUCAACCUAGAGCUGCUGUAUAGUGAUGAAAAGGUCAGAAUUAGCAAGGGGUAUAAUAAUUAUGUAUUUGUGCAUGUACGGACAGAUGGAACAAAGCAGAAAUAGGCCAGUUGGUGCAUCGCAAGAAAGAUUAAAUUUUAUGAUGUUAUACUUUGUAUAUCUACAGCAUUAGGCAAAGGGAAAUGCUAAUUGCAGGCGAUAUUGCCAUUUACUCUUUAGCCAAAACCAGAAAAGGCGGGAUAUUUAGGCCUUGUUUUGUAUAUGAUGGUCUACUUCUGAAAAAUAUACUUCUUAGGAAGUUUAUUUCCUAGUAAAUAUAAUUUAGGAUGUUUUCGGUUUUA